AUGAACUCAGUUGUUACUAAUAAAAGUAAAUUGAGUAAUAGUCAGGAUUUGGGACUCCCUUACGAGCUCAUUAACAGAAUUUUAAACUUAAUUUGUAAAAUUCAGCUUAAAAAUUUUGUUACCAGAGAUUAUAAGGAAUAUGAAUGGGAAAUUAAGACUGAAUUGAUAGAUUUUUUAAUUUCAAAGACAAAAUAUAAUGAGGAACAGGUUAGUGAAUUGAUUAGGAGGUUUAAAUCAAUUAGAUUUUUAAACCCUAACAACACAAUUUCUAACCUUUUGAACUUUAUUUUUGGCUCUAAUAAGGAUGAAAAUGAUGAUUUUACCAUCAAACCUAACCAAGAUUAUGUUAAUAAUUUGGAUAAGAAACUGUAUGAAAUAAAGCUUGAUAAGAAUAAUGAAAAAAGAAUGCUGUGUAAUCAUGUGAGUUUAAUAUACGAGCAGUUGGUGGAGUUAAAGGAUAAAAUUGAGAGAAGUAAGCCGAGUUACAGACCAGAAUACUUCAUGAAACACUGUUUAACAAACUACGAAGAGGUUUUAAAAAAGGAAAUAUUUGAUAUUCACGAGAUGAAUAAAGUUAAUUUGGUCUCUGAUAGGAGGGAACUAAUUGAAUUUUUGUUCAAAUACUGCUAUAGAAGUGGUUAUAAGCUUAGUGAACUGAUAAUGAUACCGUUAUACGAUGUUAGUACCAAGAAUGAAGCUUUCGUUAACUUCAACUAUCCAACUAUGUUAACGAUUUUGUACGUUAAUGACAUUGAAAGUGUUGGCAAAAAUAAGAAAAAUUCAGAUAAAGAUUUGGAACACCUAGAAGAAUGUAAAGUGAUGUUUAGUUUAAUGAAUUUGGGUAAGUAUAGUAGGAUAGAAGAGGGUAAAUUUGAGAGUAUAAUCCCAAUUACUCCAAUAUCUAGCAUUAAAAAGAUAACAAUAUACACGAGAACAUUUAAGAAAAGCAUAAACCACGGGCUAAAUGUGGACGAAGAUGAGGGAAAUUCAGAUCACAUAUUUAAGUGCAAAUACAGCUUUUUAAACCCAUUAAGAAAGUCUAACAAAUAUGAAUUGAAAUUUAACAAUAAACUGGAAGAGUUUGAUGAAGUUGAAGAGAAGGUGGAUAUAACAAUAUUAUUUAUACAAUUAAAGGGAGACAGGGGAGUAGAAUAUACUAUACACUCACCAUUUCUUGAUGAGAAAGAAUUAACUGAAAUAAUUAAGCAGGUAUUUAAUAACAUUUGCAAUGAACACCCAAAAAUUAAGGAUCAGGAAAACUUUAAUGAGUUUCUAAAAAGAUGUUAUAUGCACAUGGGUUCUAACUUUAUCUUCAUAAACUAA